GACAGACUAUUCAUCGCCAAAGCGCUCAAGAAGUACCACAAGUUGGAAACGCUAUGCGUUUGUCUUAAGCUAACCAAAUGUAGCACUAAUUUCCUGUCACUUAUCGCUCAAAACUGUUGCGAAAGCCUAAGACAUCUGAGACUCGAGUUAAGCGAGUGUUCAAUGAAUGGCCGAACUGUGUAUAUAACUCACGAGGAAGUGUCGGAAUUGAGCCAAAAUUUGCCACAAUUGACAUAUCUGUACAUCGAUUAUCUCAUUCUACACAUCAGUGAAUACAGUCUUAACCGGUUGUUUACCCAAUGGCCACAAAUUGAGACAAUAGUGUUUCAUUCGCACUGUUUUCGGGGAACCGUUGUGGACAGUGAGCCUGAAAACGGGAUCACGAGUUCCCGAUUUAGUGGCAACUAUUUCGGUACAGAAGAGGGACCUGUGCUGACACAACUCGUCAAACUGGAAAUGCCGGGCAAUAUAUUCAACAAGAAUGUCAUCCAUCGACUGUCUGGACAGCAAUCGGCGCUAAAACGACUGUUUGUGACAAAAAUCAAUCAAAACUGUGUGGAAAUGAUUUGCGAAAAGUUUCCGACACUCAUCUCAUUCGGCUUCUCCGUCGAGAACCACUGCAACGACGAAGACUUGUAUUAUCUGAUGGAAAACUGUGGCAAAUNGUUUGUGACAAAAAUCAAUCAAAACUGUGUGGAAAUGAUUUGCGAAAAGUUUCCGACACUCAUCUCAUUCGGCUUCUCCGUCGAGAACCACUGCAACGACGAAGACUUGUAUUAUCUGAUGGAAAACUGUGGCAAAUGUACACAUUUAACGCAACUCUAUGUCGCCAUUCAGAGCGGAGUACAUAUUAAUUACAAUUGUAUUAAGUUUUUGCGAUCAUUGAAACGCUUGAAAACUCUUCAAUUGGACCAAACGCUCAUCAAUAAGGGCGCCGUCGACGGUAUCGUCAGAUAUUUGCCGCACAUCCAGUGUCUGGAGCUGUGGACCAGUGGUCAACACCAGAACUUUCACAACUUUCUGACCGACGAUAUUGUGUUGAAUGUAAAACGACUUAAAUAUCUGACAAAAUUGAAUCUUCGCGGACAGAGAAGUAUAAGCGACGCCACCAUUGCGUCCAUAAUAUCUCAAUGCCUUUUGUUGGAGACACUGGACGUCCGGACGACGAAAGCGGCGAUUGAGACGAUGGGAGCGCUCGUCAAACUGAUGGACGGAACCGAUAAAGUGAUUCACGCCUUCGUCAACGAGUCUCCGAUCGCCCGACUGUUGUCCGAACACAACUUUAAACGCUUUGAAUUAUGCAAAGGAUUGAUAUUAUAUGAGACCAACGCUCACACCAUUGACAUACCGUUACCCGAAGACCAGUCCAGCGGUGGUGACGGACAACAGGACGUGACGACAGCAGCCGUUAGCGAUGGUCAGCACAAUCACCAAUCGGUGGCCAUUGAUUCCCAUUACGUGUCGCAGGCCGUAGACAAUGCCAACAACGCGAUGGCCGCCAACCCCUACGCCAACAUUGCAAUGGCCGGACAGAUGGCCGCC